GUUGUCCAAUGACAUGUUAGUGGCCUUUCUGAGAGCACAGCCUACCUGUACAGGUAACAAUUGUCUACCUAGUGUGAUUAGCAGUCACCUUGGAGAAGUGCUGUGACUGAACCUCCCCUCAGAGUCCGGGAGCUAGUUUACCAUUCCACGAUUCUACAGCACGGACGUACAUGUUUAUAUUAUGGAUUACCUGUGUGUUUUGGAAACUUUGAUUUGUUAACUGUUUUUGGAUACGGUUUUAAUUUUGGGUUCUGCCUGGGAAAAUACUACAUCUUAACGUUCAUGAUGAUGCGGAGAUCGAGUGCUCCGAGUAGCUACAGGCCUGGGGCGGUAUCCAGUUCUUACAAAUAUCGUCCGACGGAGAUCUAUCGAUCCAAGAGUCAGAGAGAGGAAUCAUUGAGGAAGUUCACCAACAUGCAGAAUGCUGCAAAUCAUCAAUCACCAGUCACACCCGAGACACCUUUACCAGACUACGAGGAAGAGUCGCCAUGGACACAAAUCAACGAGAAUCAUAUACGUUUCGCCCAACAGUUUGGAAACGUAUUGUCCAGUAUGGCCGACAUAGAUGACCAGUACCUGGAUGUGCCAGAGCCAGAGCCGGACUAUGACGAUGACGUACUCGACGGCCCCGAGAAAAAUCCAGACUCGUCCAUCUCAGACCUUCAGAACCGCCUAGAGCCGGUGAUCAUGCGGGAACGGCCUUCUUCCUUAUCGGACCGUCCACCGUCAGACGGUGACGAAUUGGCGCUCAUACAGCCAAAACGACUGGUGAACCCAUGUAUGGAGUCGAAACCCAGGAUGGAUCUACACAAGGAACUGCUAAUGAACUACAAAAUGGGUAAAAAUGUACUGCAAAAACCAGAACUGAAUAAGGUGCUAGAGGAGCGUAAAGAACGGCAGAAAAAACAGGAAUGGGCCCAGCGAGAGUCCACCAAACGCACGAGUCUGGAGCUGAAGCUGGAAAAGCAGGCCAGAAAAAUGUCGGAGAGUGAAUCCUCAAAUCUGAAAGCCAUCUCUGAGAAUGACAAUAUCACAAGUAACAGUGAACUGUCUAAAGUACACGCUAAAAUACUGCAUAAAAAUGGAUCCGUGAAAUGAUGAGUGUGUGUGUGUGAAAAGUAUACCUGCUGUUGUGAGAGAAGCGUGCCACGGUGCGGAAUAAAUGUAUUGCUGUUUAUAUUUUUGUUUCUUUUAAAAUUUUAUCCCGAGAUGUGUUUCCUCUGACAUGAACAAUAGGAGUCUUAGUAGAUGACAGUAAUUUGCUAAGACUAGCUUCCAAUGUUACAGGGAAAUUUAAUCUAACACAAUACUCGAGAAAUACGUUUGAAACUGUCUGGAAUUUUAAUGUAUUAUUGUGUUUAAUGACAAACCCGUUAAUUCAGACUGAGGAAAAGUUCCUUGUACUAAGUAAAUCUGUUAUAAAUGUUUAUACUGUAUGUUCGUUGUGCUGUGCGGAUGAAUUCUGUGUAUAUUUUACAAACAAGGGGGCCAGCUCUGGGACAAUUGGAAUCCAGGCAUUAUAUAAACUCCCCAUCACCCAACUUUUACAUUUUGUGAGGAAAUCCUAACACACGUCCAGAAAUCAAAGGGAGAGAACUCUGGUGUGGAUUCGGUGCUGUGUAAAUGUUGGAGCAAUCAUACGUAUGAUCUUUGAUAUUUAGAUUGAUUUUAUUGUUAUGGGUGUUUAAAGUUGGUUUAAUUGAGUUUACAUUUAUAUAAAAUGUAUAUACAUGUAUAUAUGCAUUGUGUACAUCAAUUAAUACAAUAGAGUCACUCUUUUCAUGCCAUGAUAUGAAUGUCUAAAACUGAGUUUUAAGGUGUGAAUUGACUAUGUAUAUUAUUUUAAUCCGUGACCGAGUUGUUUUUAUCUCAAUAUGUAAGAAAUUUUUUAAUCAUGAUCAGAUUUUUUUUUUUGGUCAAAUGUUUAAUAGUGAUUAGCUAGCAAUGAGUGUUGUUGUCAUUGGAAUACAUCACAAUGCAAUACAUACAGAAUAAACAUGGCCGUCACGCAAGACCAACUACAGUUAAAUAUUACGGAUGAUAGGGGGACGUGAGGUUUUUAGCUGUAGAAAUAAUUCUUCAUAGUCAUUAAGUAUUUACGAGGAUAUAUCUUUCAUGUUAUGGAGAUAUUAUGACGGUGACAUUGUCAAUAUUUCACUUUAAAGUUUUGUAUUUAGAUUCAUUGCUCAAAAAAAUAUUAGUCCAACUUAAACCAAACUUGGUAUAUAGUUAGGUGACAUAUACACAGUGGACAUGGAAAAUGAUUGCAUUGUAGUAGGGACAUCUCAACACCCUACAAAAUAUAUUAAUUUUAAUUUUUUGCUGUUUUUUUUUUUUUUUUUUUGCUAAAAACACCCUAGAUCUUGAGAAACUGAUAUAAAAUGGUUUGUUUAUAGAAAAAAUACUGAAAUUUUAGUUGAUUUUUGAGUUUGCUUAAAAAUUACUAUACCAUCAAAGUGUAAUGGUUUAUGAAUAUGGACAUUUCAGCUGCAUAGUCCAAUAGCUAGCUUUUCUGGCUGUGCGGUUGAGUGUCAUGUCUGUGUACCGAAGUUAAGCAACGAAGUUAAGCAACGUCGAGGAUGGUCAGCUCUUGGAUGGGUGACCGCUCAGUUGUUUCUAUUGUGUAAUUCGUGUGUUGUUAUAUCUCCAUAACAUAAACAAAUAUAUUCAAGUUAAUCCUUAUAAUUAAAUCAAUUAUUUUUUAAGACAAUUAAAAUGCUUGUUACAAGCAAGAUUGAUAAAAAAUAUAUUCAUCAUGAUGUAGUUAUUUUUACAUUUUAAAACUAAAUGUAAAUUUCAUAUUUUCCGUGGGUGUUUUUUUCUGUGAUUAGCAAGAUUUAAAUGAGUAUGAUAUUCACAACACAAUGGCAUUGUAUAUACAUAUACCUGGUAGUUAACUUUGUAUUAGGAUAAAAAGAUGGAGACAUUAUGAUAAAGUGUUUUAUUACAUUUUUACCAGUGAAAUAUAGAAAAAUAUUCAUUGUAUAAAAGUGAUAUUUUUUCACUUUUUCUUAUUUGACCAAACGAAACACGGCUUACAAAUAAUGAUGGGUAAAAUUAAAAGCUGACCCAGUAUAUUUUGCUAUAAAAAUGUAAUGAACAGAAUAUCUAACAGUAUUUUCAGAAAUACCAGAUAUAUUUCACUCGUAUGGCUAAUGUUUUGAUAUUUUUCACUCGUGCUGUACACUCGUGAAAAAUAUCAAAAUAUUAGCCCCACUCAAGAAAUAUAUUUGGUAUUACUGAGGACAUUGUUAGAUAUUCUCUAUAUCUGGUUAGGUGUACUGGUACCGAAGUACCGAUCCUUUUGGGUAGAUAGCCCAGGUUAUUUUAGUUCAGGGACCAUAUCUUGAGUUUUUCGUAAAAAUUAAUCGUCAUUGUUGUGAGAUGUGGAUUCAUUGUUAUUGUGUGGUGUGUUUAGUAACACUGACAGUAGGUAUGUAGCUUACUCAUGUCAUAUACUGUAAACACGAUUAUUUUCGCGAGAAGUUAAUUUCACGAUUUCAAUAUGUAAACUAAUUUUCGCAAUAAAUCCACUUUCGCUUGUAGUUCAAGAUUACGCAAAUUUAUUUUUAAAAGAUGCGUGGGGGAAAUUUUCGCAAACAAAAGGAGUCCGCGUAAUUAGCGUUAAUUUCUCCCUCGCGUAAAUUUCAAUGUUUACAGUACAUAUAAUUUCUACAAGUUCUUUUUCAAUCAAGCCAUCAUCAUCAGACAUGUCUGUGGCUCAAUGUUGUCCAUUCUUAAAAUUUAUGCGAUCACUUUUUGAGAAGUGCUAGCUUUUUCAAAUGUCGGCCAUCAACACUUUAUAACAGGGUCCCGAUAUGACAGUGCUGUAGAAAAGGCACAUCAGGCCUGUUACACCUCAUUCAGCUCCGUAUUACUUUAUUUGAUAGAAAUCCACCUUGCACCUAGUCCGAAUGAUACUGAACAUCUAUCCGUCAUACUGCAUUCAGCGGGUGAUCAUUCGGACUACCUUGCACCCAGCUACCUCAAUGAUGCAGGGAAAAAUACAUCCAAUAUUUUCAAUUAUGUUUAAGUUUCAAAGUAUAUGUAGGCAUGUUAUAGAGUGCUGUAAUAUUAAGUGGUAGAGAGAUACUACUGGUAAGUUUGGUACUUUCACAGUGAAAAUAAUGAAUUAUGAUUACCUUUGAAUUAUCUUGCUAUCAGGAAUCGGUAUACAGCGUAAAACCUUUGUAAUUUGUAAACCUGCUUAUUACGACCAGAAAACAACACUAUUCAGGAGUUUCACUAUAAACAGGAAACUAUAGCAGCAUACUUUUCAUAUCUUAUAUUUAUCAUAAAAAAAUUCAAUCAUAAGUCUAAAUCAUGAAUAAACUUUCUUCCUACUUAAUUGCAGAAUUAUUAUUAAUGAUUUGAGGUGUGGAUCAAUUAAUUUGUAGUUUGUAAACUGACCUUUGACCUCUAGCCGUUGGUAAAGCUGUUUUGACAAAUGUCAGUUCAGGGUAAGCCAAACAAAUAUUGAUAUUUUGUGUUUUGAGAUUUGCUGGAACCACUUUUCUCAGUAAUUAUUAAAAAAAAAAAAUCUUAUGUGUAUUACGCUGUGGAAAAUAAUUAGUUGGGUUCCUUUGUUUUUAUCAGAACAGUUACAUAUUUCGGGCCAGGUGGCUGAGUGGUUAAGGAGUUAUGACACUUUAUCACUAACCCGCCACCUCUGGGUCAAGAGUUCGAAACCCAUGUGGGGCAGUUGCUACAGACGUUUAUAAGUUGAUCUUAUGAUGGGAAAUACAAAGAAGAUUGUUAUGGCCAACAGAUAAGACUCGUUUGUCUUUUACUUCUAAAUUAUUGUACACAAUCACAUCUGGUCACGUGAUACAGUCCCUUUUGUAAACUGGCUCCUGCCUCUAAUAAAAUGUAUUUCAUAUUUCUUUUUCUAGACUGAUCUUAAGUUUCAACCUAGGGGAGAUAAUCUACUAAUCAUAAUUUAGCCAACUUAGGGGCUGGUGUAGUAAUUAGGGGCUGGUAGCCAGUCUGUCCUCUUUGAUGCCACCAAAGAAAGCUUUCUCAUUGAGUAAAUCUGUAAAACAAGAUUUUCAUUUGGUUUGGCCUAGUUGAUGAUUUUUGUUGAUUUUUAUAUGAUUGCUGUUAGUACAGAUUUUAAUAUAGUUUGUAGUUAUGUAAUUAAGAUUUUAUAUUUAAAGUUAAAACUGUUAUAUAUGGCUGAAUCCUUGUACUGUUCCUCUCAAGACCCCCUUAUCUCCCACCCCCUAAACCGACUUCUCGCAACAGUUCCUGACCCUCCCAUUCUUGGCCAGAGACCCUUAGCUCCUACUCCACUUCCCAUUGUGACUUCUCACAAUGGGUCCUAGCCCUUACUGGCCAGGGACCCCUUCAAUCCCAACCCGUCCCAACCCAUUCUUCACACAAUGGUAAAUGCCUUCAGACACCAGGGACCUCUUAGCUCCCACCCCACCCCAACCCAUACUUUACAGAAUAAUUCUUUACCCUCAGGUACCAGGGACCUCUUGGGUCCCACCCUGUCCCCACCCAUACUUCACACAAUAAUUCUUUACCUUCAGACACCAGGGACCUCUUGGCUCCCACCCCGCCCCAACCCAUACUUCACACAAUAAUUCUUUACCCUCAGGUACCAGGGACCUCUUGGGUCCCACCCUGUCCCCACCCAUACUUCACACAAUAAUUCUUUACCCUCAGGUACCAGGGACCUCUUGGCUCCCACCCUGUCCCCACCCAUACUUCACACAAUAAUUCUUUACCUUCAGACACCAGGGACCUCUUGGCUCCCACCCCACCCCCAACUCCUCAGUUUCAGUGUUACAAUAUCCAAUAAUUCAUUUUGUAGACAGCCUGUUGACACAGGUAAAGCCUUCACUAGUAACAUUGAUUCUUGUUGGUUGAGGGGGCCGCGAUAGCUCAGUCAGUUAGAGCGCUGGCCAUGAAAUCUAAUGUGAAGAUCCGAGGUGUGUGGUUUGACUCUCCCUACCUGUGUCAAUUUACGUUUCUUGGGAAGCUGAGAAACAAGCUGGUGUUUGCUGUCGUAGUUGUGUUCUUGAGCAAGACACUUUAUCCUUUUUGCUCUGGAUGAGCCUCCUGUAUGUUGUUCAGUGAGGUAGUCACCAACUACUACAUUGAGACCCCACCUCUGGUGUUUGCUCUCGUAGUUGUGUUCUUGAGCAAGACACUUUAUCCUUUUUGCUCUGGAUGAGCCUCCUGUAUGUUAUUCAGUGAGGUAGUCACCAACUACUACACAGAGACCCGACCUCAAGAUGACACUGGCUUUUCACAGGGCAAUAAACCCAGCAAGCAAACAAACAAACAAAUACUGUUGUUUGAAUUUUAAUGUCCCUGGUCACUUUUCUAUCUCAGUCACCCUACCUACCUCAGGUAACGCUAUUACGACUACAGAGAUCCAAUCUUAAAUCAUUUCAUUUUAAGUUUGAUGCCAUGGUGUUUGAAAAACACCUGAUGGCCAUAGUCUAGUACCCAUAAUUGGCAGGACCGUUUUCUUGAUGUCUAUGUCUGUAAAAAUAAAGUCACUGUUGCCAUGGCAACCCAAUUUGAUCGGGACUGUUGCUAUGGAUUUUGUUAACCUUGUAUGAUAACUUGUCCGGCUAUAUGUAUUGUAUGCAUGACAUGCUCUCCUGUCACAAACCAUUGUAUCGUUACGUAGCCAUCGGUCGUAUAAGUAUAUAGAUUAUAUAUUUUUCAUUCGCAUGAUCACUCAUCUUUAUAUUAGAACUGAUUGUAUCUUAUUAAUUUUUUUUCAGUAUUGUUAAAUAUUAAAACUAAUUGCUUCAAAACCAA